UUGCCCAAACAAUUUAGAAACACAAAAUCUUACACGUGUCUCAGAAUUCCAGCUUGUGGGAAUCUCCAAUGAUCCAGAAUUGCAACCAGUUCUCUUUGGACUGUUCCUGUUCCUGUACCUGGUCACAGUGUUUGGGAACUUGCUCAUCACCCUAGCUGUCAGCUCUGACUCUCAACUCCAUACACCCAUAUACUUCUUCCUCCCCAUCCUGUCCUUGAAUGACAUCUGUUUCAUUUCCACCAUGGUCCCAAAGAUGAUUGCAGACAUUCAAACAAACAGUCGAGUUAUCUCUUAUGUAGGUUGCCCGACCCAGAUGUCUCUUUACAUAUUUUUUCUAUGUAUGGAUGAUAUGCUUCUAACAGUGAUGGCCUAUGACCGGUUUGUGGCCAUCUGUCACCCACUGCAUUAUACCAUCAUUAUGAACCCAUUCUCCUGCUGUGUCUUAGUUUUGGUGUCUGCUUUGUUGAGCCUUUUGGACUCCCAGUUGCAUAAUUUGAUUGCUUUGCAAGCUACUUGCUUUAAGGGUGUGGAAAUUUCUAAUUACUUCUGUGACCCUUCUCAAGUACUUAAUCUGUCCUGUUCUGAACACUUUAGAAACAGUAUGGUAAUGUACUGUAUUGGUGCUACACUGGGUGUUGUUCCUGUUUCAGGAAUCCUUUUUUCUUACUACAAAAUUGCUUCUUCCAUUCUGAGAAUCUCAUCAUCAGGUGGGAGGUAUAAAGCAUUCUACAUCUGUGGGUCUCACUUGUCAGUAGUUGGCUUAUUUUAUGGAACAGCCAUUGGUGUGUACUUAGGUUCAACAGUAUCACAUUGUUUGGGUAAAGUUGUGGCAGCCUCAUUAAUGUACACUGUGGUCACCCUUAUGCUGAAUCCCUUCAUCCACAGCCUAAGGAACAGAGACAUUAGUAGGACCCUGAAGAGGUUGCACAAUCGCACAAUCUGUGGUAGCCAUUUGGACUGUAAUAUUGAAAUGUCAGUAAAAAUCAAGAACUAG